AUGGCUGGAGCUCAAAGUUCAGCUAAACCAAAACCAAUGUUUAGUUUGAGACUUGUUGUGGACAAGAAGAAGAACAAGUUUGUCUUGGCUCAGGCUGGUAGGAAUUUUGUGGAUGUACUCUUCAGCAUUCUGACACUCCCAAUGGGGACCAUUGUAAGAUUGCUGGAGAAAUAUCAACAGAAUCAAAAGUCAAAAGCCGCCACAAUAGGCUGUUUCAACAAUCUCUACAAAAGUGUUCAUGAUUUAAGCACCGCCAGUUUCAUGAAAGAAGUUUGCAAGGAUAUGCUUUUGCAUCCAAGGAGUGUUAUGGAGAAUCAACGCAGAGGGCUUAAGCUUAAUGUAGAUGACAUUGAGGACCUCAAGUAUUAUAUGUGCACGACAAAAGAUUUUUAUGCGACAUGCAGGCCGGCGUAUAGUAACUUUUCUUCCUCGCGAUGUUAUUGUGGACAACUGAUGGCGGAACAGAUUGAAUACCAGGAAGGUUUAGGAUGUAAAGCAUUCGUCAGUGAGAAGACCUUGUUCACCAUUUCUGACAAUAUGAAAGUUGGAUUUACUACGACGGGUUUCACUCUGAAGACACUUGAAAGUCUCGGUUAUACCGAUUUUAAUCAGCUCCAUGAGAUGCUUGAAGUUGUUGAUCACGGAAAGAUAGUAGAAUCUGAUGCAGUGCAUACUCUCUUCCGAAACACCCUUGACCGAUGUGUUCUUGAAACGGAGCUCAUGUGCAAUGACAAAGAUGCCAAAUCUAGCGCCAAAUCUAGCCGUACAAGCAGUACCUGGAGUGGGAAAGACUUUGUUGAUCUUCUCUUUACUUUCCUGGUUCUCCCUCUGAAUUCUGCUUGGAAACUAUCUGGAAGCGAUGUUGUGUUAGGAUGCAUUGGUAACUUGUUUGAAAGCGUCAAGGGUUUGAGCUCUAGCAACAGUAGUAACACAUUGACUGGUAAAUGUGUGCUUCCUUGGUAUUAUAGUUGCCAGCAAACUCUGCUUGAUGUUAGCUAUGAGGAUUUGCCACCGGUAAUGAACUACAAUGGCGGGGCUCUUAAACCGAUGGAUCCAAGAGUUGACAAAAUCGCCGAAGGUGAAGUGAUCAGUGGGUUUGUGAAGGGAGGGAUGACGUUUAUGAUCUCUGAUGAUCUUAUCAUCACUCCUUUUUCAUCAACCAUUUGCUCACUGAAGAAGUGGAAGCUUGACUUGGAUGAUAUAGAGGAGCAUGUCAUCAAAAUCAGCAAAACAGAGGCUAUCACACUAUUGAGAGCCUCACUGAUGACAUCCACUGCCUUGACCACAGCUUUUGGAAGUUUACUACCCAAGAAACCAAAAGAGGAGAUGAUCUAA